AUGGAACCACCGUUCCCGCCGGAUGUGGCACCGUUCACGCCUAUCUGGGGCCAGGAAAACCCGUCCCCGAUGGUACACUAUCCGGAGCUGAUGGCUGGAUUUCCGUGCGCUGACUUAGCGAUCUGGCCCCGGCAGCAGGUUGGUAGCUUCGUCAGUCAACGGCUCUCGCCGCGCGGAGCACAGCCGGCACCGUCCAGUGGGUCGAACAAGAAAACGCGCCGCCGGGUAGCUUCGAUGGCACAGCGCCGGGCGGCCAACAUACGCGAGCGGCGUCGUAUGUUCAAUCUGAACGAAGCCUUCGACAAGUUGCGCCGCAAGGUGCCGACAUUUGCGUACGAAAAGCGAUUGUCGCGCAUCGAAACACUGCGUCUAGCGAUCACGUACAUUGGCUUCAUGUCGGAGUUGCUCGCCGGAACGCCCACGCACGAUGGCCGUUCGCCCGAGCUGUAUCCGAGCGUGUUGGCCGCAACCGCACACCAUGCACCGCAUCAUCACCAACACCACCACCAUCAUCAUCAUCAUAACCAUUCGCAGCAGCAACACAACAACCAUUCGUCACAACAUCAGCAGCAGCAGCAACAGCAACAACCAUCGCACCAUCAUGCGCAUCUUCAUCACCAACAGCAACAUCACAGCCUGCAUGGAUCGUCGGCGACACAGGCGUCUGCAGCAGCCGGAGCCACGGCUCACAUGCACCAUCACCCUUCGCUGCAAAGGGCCGCCGUGGCUGCGGCUGCAGUUGCCGCUGCGGCUGCUACUACCGGUGCGGUCAAUGGGACCGAAUACCAUCCGGCAUACGGUACCGGGACCGUACCACAUCAUGCAGUUUGA